AUGUGUGUGUUUCAGGAUGUGAAGCUCUCUGCUGAAGUAGAACCGUUUAUCCCUCAGAAGAAAGGUGUUGAAGCGUCAUUAUUACCCAUGAGUCUGUGCGGUGAGGGUGGAGCUGAGCACACACAAAUCCCCUCCUACCUGAUCACCUGCUACCCCUUUGUACAGGAGAAUCAGAACAACAGUCGGCAGAUGCCUGUGUAUAACGGAGAUCACCGCUGGCAGCAGCUGAACCCGAGCCCCGGCGGGCCGUACCUGGCGUACCCGAUCCUGUCGUCCCCGCAGGCCCCCGUCACCAGCGAUUACCCCACAUACUACCACGCCAUCAUGCCCACACCCUGCCCUCCCGUCAUGGGCUUCUACCAGCCCUUCCCGGGGCCGUACACGGGGCCCCUGCAGGCCGGCGCGCUCAACCCCGUCUCCGACUGCAGCCAGACGCAGAGAGGGAGAGGCGUCUCACGAAACCCCGUCCUAAACAAGCAGCCAGUGGCUCAGCCAAUGAGAGGCAAGCGUCCCGUGAUGCGGAGCGUGGCGGUGCAGAAGGAGGUGUGUGCCGCCGGGCCUGAUGGGAGAUCCAAGACGGUGCUGCUGGUGGAUGCAGCGCAGCAGACAGAUUUCCCCGGCGAGGCGUCUGGCAGCGUCAGAUGUGCGUCGGAUCAGGCGAGUCCUCAGUGGAAGAAUAAAGCUGGGCACAGACGCACGUCUCAGCAGGAGUCGUCCAGCGAGCAGGGAGCCAGCGAGGCCGACAUCGACAGCGACAGCGGCUACUGCAGCCCCAAACACAACCAGGGAGCCGCCAACACCUCCACCAAUCAGCCCACGGCUGCCGCGGCUGUGGACGCUGGCAUCAUGACAGGUGCAGCUGUUAGCUGGGGGAAUGUAGCCUCACAGACUGUCCAGAAGCCGUGGGCAGACAGGAACACAGCGUAUCACAGAGGCAGAACACCUGAGCAGAGGAACUACACACAGGACUUCCAGAUGAGCUUUGGAGGUCGUGCAGGAGGACAGAGAUCGACUCCUUCAGAGACACCCAACACACACCUCACACCUGAGCCACUGUACUUUCAGGAUGAGGACGAGUUUCCUGAUCUGGCCACGGGUGGGAAUAAACCAGAACCAGUUCAGCCCAAACUGCCCAAGAACCUGCUGGAUAACCUUCCGGAGAAUUCUCCCAUAAGCAUCGUGCAGACGCCCAUCCCCAUCACCAGCUCUGUGCCCAAGAGAGCCAAGAGUCAGAGGAAGAAGGCGCUCGCCGCCGCUCUCGCCACGGCACAGGAGUACAACGAGAUCAGCAUGGAGCAGAAGAAGCUACAGGAGGCUCUGACUAAAGCAGCAGGUAAGAAGAGCAGGACACCGGUGCAGUUGGAUUUGGGAGACAUGCUGGCAGCACUAGAAAAACAACAACAGGCCAUGAGAGCACGACAGCUCAACAACACCAAACCACUGUCAUACACCGGUAUGGCCUGCUCAUUCUCAGGUCAUCUAUACACCCCCCCUCACAACAUCCUGGACUCCAGCGCACCACGCGUCAAGAGAGGGAAAGAGAGAGAGAUUCCCAAAGUCAAGAAGACCACCGCCAUGAAGAAGAUCAUUCUGCAGGAGCGUGAGGUGAAGAAGGGCAAGAGUUCUGCUGAGAACAGCGCAUCUGGAAUCCACAGCCGCAGGUUCAGAGAGUACUGUAAUCAGGUGUUGAGUAAGGAGAUCGAUGAGAGUGUGACGCUGCUCCUGCAGGAGCUGGUUCGAUUUCAGGAGCGGGUUUAUCAGAAGGAGACCAUCAAAGCCAAAGCCAAGCGGCGGCUGGUCAUGGGGCUGCGAGAGGUCACCAAACACAUGAAACUGCACAAGAUCAAGUGUGUCAUCAUCUCACCCAACUGUGAGAAGAUCCAGGCCAAAGGCGGUCUGGAUGAGGCCCUUUAUAACGUCAUCGCCAUGGCAAGGGAGCAGGAGAUCCCAUUUGUGUUCGCUCUGGGUCGAAAGGCUUUGGGCCGCUGUGUGAAUAAACUGGUGCCGGUGAGCGUUGUGGGAAUAUUCAACUACUCUGGAGCAGAGGCUCUGUUCAAUAAGCUGGUCUCUCUGACGGAGGAGGCGCGGCGGGCGUAUAAGGACAUGGUGAGCGCUCUGGAGCAGGAGCAGGCCGAGGAGGCUCUGAAGAACGUCAAGAAGGUCACGCACCACAUGGGCCACUCCAGAAACCCAUCCGCCGCCAGCGCCAUCUCCUUCUGCAGCGUCAUCUCCGAGCCCAUCUCAGAGGUCAACGAGAAGGAGUACGAGACCAACUGGAGGACGAUGGUGGAGAGCGCAGAUGCUCCUGAGCCGCUGGAGACCAAACCCGUCAGCAGAGCGAGCAGCAAAGAGCAGCCUCCGCAGCCGACGGUUGCGCGCGCUCCAGAGAGAGACGAGUCCCGCACGGACGACCGGCUGGAGUGGGCAUCCCAGCAGAGCACAGACACCGGCUCUCUAGACGGCAGCUGCAGAGACUGGCUCAACUCCUCCAUCACCAGCACCACCAGCACACUGGUGCCUGGCAUGCUGGAGGAGGAGGAGGAGGAGGAGGAGGAAGAGGAGGAGGACUACACCCCCGAGCCCAUCUCUGUGCAGGUGCCACCACUCAGCUCCAGGAUCGAGUCCUGGGUCUCCAAAACCCUGGAGAACAUGCAGCUGCGCAGACAGAGCAGCACCGAGGAUGAGGAGGAUGAAGACGAGGAAGAGCGGCGCAGCGACGAGGAGGAGCUCGACUCCUCUGAUCUCACCGAACCGGCGGCGAGUUCACACACGGGAUGAGAGGUCACACGUAACACAAACACGACUCAGGAACCGAUAACGGACAGACCAACCGCUCACACGCUCUCUGUGAAUAACUCGCGCUCAUAUCACGCCUUCAGAAAUCAUACAGAAGCACUGU